UAAAAUUUGAACUUUGAAUCUGCAUCACACUAACAUGUAACCAAUAAUCUUCAACUCAUCAACAAAACAUUAAACAUAUCGCGAGAAUUUCACAAUCUCUCUCUGUGAUUCUCUCUCUAAUCGAGUGCGUGACUGCGUCAUGCGUGUGCGUGUGUGUCGCGUAUCUUUUGGCGGGGCAAGCCAUCUCUGCAGUCUGCAUCUCAGCGAGACCGGAGCUCAUAACGAGCAUAGUUGUAGUAGCCCUAGAUUUUCUUUUUGCGAUACCAAAACACAUAUCUAUCAGAAAACCUACACCUUUCUCUGUCUCACUUUAAAAUUCAAACCUAUCUCUUCUUCUUCUUCUUCACACACAUAUACACAUAGACAUACACAAACACUCUUUCUCUCUCUUACUCGUCGAAGAAGAAAUCCUCACUCCCCACCCCAUGGAUUACGUCCCUUCGUCGGAGCAUCUUUGCUACGUCCGCUGCAACUUUUGCAACACAGUUCUAGCGGUUGGAAUUCCAUGCAAACGGUUUUUGGAUACAGUGACUGUAAAAUGUGGUCACUGCAGUAACCUUUCCUUUCUAAGCACCAGACCUCCUUUGCAAGGCCAACGUCUGGAUCAGCAACUUGGCUCUCAGAAAUUGCAGGUUUUUGGCAAUGGUUACAGAAAGAGCCAAUCCUCAUCCUCCUCAUCGACGUCUACCCAGCAGACGUCCCCAAAUGUUCCUUAUGUUGUAAAACCACCCGAGAAGAAACACAGGCUUCCAUCUGCUUACAAUCGGUUUAUGAAGGAGGAGAUACAGCGCAUCAAAGCGGCCAACCCUGAAAUACCCCAUCGAGAAGCUUUCAGCACAGCAGCAAAAAAUUGGGCCAGGUACAUUCCAUAUCCGCCAAAUGGAUCGAUUUCUGAGAACAAUAAGAGCAAUGAACGAAGUAUUACUUCCUUAAUGGAAAGAAUUGACAAUGCCCCCAAAAAAUUGGAGUCCACCGAGCACAAGAGAUAGACAGAUAUAUAGGUCAUUUCAUCAGCUAACUUCUUUCAGACUCCUUAAUUUGCAGUUUUGCACAAUCUUAUGCUUAAUGAUGGUUGUGUUCUUCAUGGACUGAACUAUGUACAGAAUGUUGAGAUCUAUGUACCUGUGUAAUCUGAAGUAUAUCUGCUGAGGGAGAAAAUGCUUUAGAUACUCUUAACGUUAUAACCA